GGAGCCGGGCGCAGUCCCCGGAUGAGGGCAAGAUGGCGGCGGUGGGGAUGGCUGCGCUGCGGGCGCUGAAGCGGCUCUGCUGGGUCGCCGUUUUCCUCUCGCAGCUCUACGUCCUCUCCGGCCGGGGGUCGCUGAGCUUGGAGCAUUCCCAAUCACAGGCUUCGCUCCCCAAGAUGGCGGGGCCCCCUUCCAGCACCCACCUCCCAGCGUCCCAAGUGCCAGAGGGUACCUCCAUCCCAACUUACGUGACCCGAUGCCCCAGUAAUGGGAUUUGUAGCCGGCUGCCUCCAGAAUGUAUGGCCUGCAGAACGAAUUAUUCUUGCGUUUAUGGCAAAUCGGUUGCGUUUGAAUGUGAAGCCAAACCCCAAGUCCAUUGUGUUGAUCAGAAUAACAACCCUCAGAAGACUUUCUUGAUUAACAUGACUUGCCAAUUUUGCUGGCAGCUGCCACCCUCCAGCUACCUUUGCUCCAAUCCUACCAACUGCAAGACGGUCUCGUGCCCUCGGGAGCGCUACACGGCUAAUUGCACCGUGAGAGACCACAUCCAUUGUCUAGGAAAUCGUACUUUUCCCAAGAUGCUCUAUUGCAACUGGACUGGAGGCUACAAAUGGUCAACAGCCUUGGCCUUAAGCAUCACGCUCGGCGGCUUUGGCGCAGACCGUUUCUACCUGGGACAGUGGCGGGAGGGGCUGGGCAAACUCUUCAGUUUUGGCGGCCUGGGGAUCUGGACGCUGAUAGAUGUGCUCCUGAUUGGAGUCGGGUACGUGGGUCCCACGGAUGGUUCGCUCUACAUCUAAGCAUCGCAAACAAUUGGGUGGAUCACCCUGAGGAAUUCACAGUUCGGACUUGAUCUCUCUCUGGAACCACGUGCACGUCUGUUUUAAUGUACAGUAUCUGUACUCGGCCUGCCUUUAUUUUAAGGUAAAAAUAAAAUGACUUGUGGAACGCCUGGCUGGUGUAGAUUUCU